AUGGUGCUCGACUACAGUAAAUGGGACGCCUUGGAGCUGUCCGACGAUUCGGACAUCGAAGUGCACCCCAAUGUGGACAAGCGCUCGUUCAUUCGCGCAAAGCAGAACCAAAUCCAUCAACAACGGAUGCAGCGUCGCCACGAGAUCGAAACGCUCAAGUAUGAACGAAUAAUCAAUGAUGGUCUUCUCGAACGCAUCGACAAGCUUCUCGGCGCUCUUCGCCAGCAUGAAGAUUCGAGUCGGAAUCCUGAGGAGCUUGUUUUCCAGUCACUGAUUGAAUCUGCUGGGGACCCAGCUAAGGAUCAACCUCCCGCGCCACCUGCUGGUAUCUACACCCAUGAGAAAGAGCAGCCAAAGUACUCGCAAAUGAUGAGCUCGCUGGUUGAUCAGGUUAAGAAGGAAAUCACAGAGUCCAAGUCAGAGAAUGGUUUCAAGGCGUAUAUUACGGGAGUUCAAGGGCACAAGGACAAAGUUCUAGCUCUUCAGCAAGAAUUACUACAGAAGCUGACGGAGCUUGAAAAGGAAGAAGCAAGCAAGAUUACCAGUGACAGCAUACGCACUGGAUUUGAUAGCUCAUUUGUCGCCAAAUCGGAUCCAAAGCCAAAGGGAAAGACUACCGAAACAAAGGUAGAGCUUCUCAAUUCACCGUCAGUUGCCACCAAUCAGGGUGCCGUGGCACCAUCAUCAGGCGCCGAAGCGGAUGUAGAAGAUGACGAUGACGAAGAGGUAGAUAUUAAAGUCAGUGACUUAGCUAAGAAGCUUGCCAAGAUACCUAUGACGGAUUACAAAGCAUUAUUCCAAUUCAUAUCGGCUAAUCCUGAUGUCGUUGCGGAGAAAGAGACGGAUGGAUUACUAGUCGAGGCUUUCAAUAGCCAGAUGGAUGGGAAAGCUGAAUAUGCUCGUCAAUGUGUACACCACGGUCUGUUACUGCAGUAUUGCCGCUCAUUAGGCCGAGAUGGUAUUUCGCUUUUCUUCAAGAGAAUCACAACAAAAGACCACCAAGCCGCCACAUUAUUCAGAAACGACGUAAACGAGACCUACAACAAAAUCAAAAUCCGCGCCGCAGAACUAGCCAAGAACAGAAGCCCCGAAAAUGACCCAGCCGGCGUCGAACAAAUCCAACUCCAUGCCGUCGACCCAAACACUCAAAUCAAUAUCAGCAUCCCGCCAGCCGACAGCACCAAUCCCGAAGAAAUCGAAGCCCGCAAGAUCUUUGAUUCUUUCCCUCCAGGCUUACAACGAGCACUGCAGUCAGCAUCCCUGGAUGAAGUAAACAAAGUGCUUGGUAAAAUGAGCGUUGAGGAAGCUGAAGAGAUUGUCGAGAAGUUAGGGGAAGGUGGUAUGUUGAGUGUUGAAGAAGGGAUUGUGGAUGCUACGACGGAAGAAGGGAGGAAGAAGCUUGAGGAGAUUGAGGCGGAGGGCAAGAGGGAGAGAGAAAUUGAGGAGAUUGGGGAGCCAGCUGAGGAUCAGUUAGACUAA